ACUUGUGUGACAAAUAAACACACUUAAGCGGGUGUUGCAGUCAACCCACCCAUCCACACUUGGAGCAAUGGCAUCAUCAGACAUCAUGAGACAUGUCAUUCUAAUAGGUGUACGUCUGAUGUGUUACAACCACAUCAAAACAGGCUGUCUCAUCUUCAUUGCUGCAAUGGCCUUCACCUGUUUUAUGGUAGCGACUAUUGCAGUGUUACUAUUUAUCAAGGGCCCCCAGCUGUUUAAUCUGGCUGCUUUAUACCAACGACCAGAGGUUACACGCGAAACAGAAGAACCACUGGGAGCUGUACAGGAAACAGUAGAUCCGCAGGGAACUGUCCGGGAAGCAGAAUACCUCCAGGGAACAGUACGGGAAGCAGAGGACCUACAGGAAACCGUACGGGAAGCGAAAGACCUCGACCAACAAGAAACUGUACAGGAAGCUAAAGACCUACAGGAAACUUUACGGGAAGCGAAAGACCUCGACCAACAGGAAACUGUACAGGAAGCUAAAGACCUACAGGAAACUGAGAAGUGGGACGAAUGUAAUACAGCAACAAGAGAAACAAUGAAACCUUCGAGAGCCCCGUAUGUUAACGUGGUUCCUGUGCAGGCCCCUGAUGCUGCUCAUGUUCCCCCUAAAUAUGCCGUGCCUCGUAAUGUGAAACCUGUGGACCCAUCUCCUGAACCAAGUGGUUACAUUUGCAUGCACACUGGUGGAUCCAAGGACCUAGUUGUUUACCAACCACCCCGUCAGACCUCUCCCACAGAACUUGAUGAUCGGGAAGUUGCAGCGUUCAACACUGGUCAUUAUUUGUGUAUGGAUCCAUUACAAGAGGCUUUCUCUCAGGACAAAAUUUAGAGCAGGCGUAAAUAUUACCAUCCGUCACAGUCGCACUGAGAAGUGUUUGAAUAAAGCCACAUUAAGUAGCAGCUGUUGCUCUUCGGUGCACUGUGUAACUCUUCAAGGAAGUUACUAACUUUGUGUCAUAAGUUGUGAUUUGUGUUAUGUCACACCUAGCUGUGUAUCUUCAUCCCAAAUAGGGCGGUGGUAUAGCCUAGUGGUUAAAGAGUUUCUCUCGUCACGCCGAAGACCCGGGUUCGAAGCCCAUUGCUGUUGUCGCCCUAAGUGACAUUGCUGGAAUAUUGCUAAGAGCGACGUAAAACUAAUCUCACUCUCUCAUCCAGAAUCCUUCGGUCGACCUCAACCACUAGCUCACGUUCAUUCAGCACAAUAGACAAGUUGUUGCAAAUCCCUAUUUCAAAUACUGUAUCUGCUUAAGUGCUAAAGCGUUUCGGAAAUAAAACUGCAUGUUGAUGUA